AUGAUACGCUGUUGGCAUCGAUGGUUGUUUUUCCUGGCUUUGUCCAUGGCGGAACGCUGUGAAGAGGACAGCUCGUUGCUUCAGACACGAUCCGAUGGAGCUCUACAAUCGGGGCAACGGCCAUGCGAAGCGGAGCUACGACCAUGCAUGUUCAAGCUUUGCAUGCCAAAUGAUGUCCAAACACGCCGAGAGAAAAAAAGACAAAAAGGUAACCUGGACCCUUCUAACUUCGAACUCACCCCAGAUAUAUAUAUCCUCAAGAACCACCUGUUUAGAACCUGUGGCUCCCUCAGGCAAUGUUAUGCCAAUGGUGUCCAGUGUCCAGGAUUGUUUCCGAGAUCUGACUCUUCAACUGUGACUUUCAACAUGACCUCCUUGUGCGUCCAUGCUUUCGGCUUGUGA